AUGAAGGGAACACCGGCGCGCCGCCCCUCGGAGCCCGAACAGAAGCAGCCGACGCCACAGCCGCCGCCGGCCGACCUGGCGCGCCCGCAGGCCUCAGAGCCGCCGCCGCCCACCUCCACCCUGGGCGCCAGCGGCAGCGACUACGGCGAGAGCGGCGGGCCGCCCACGCCCGUCGUCUUCACCGGCAGCGACGCGCCGCUCUACUCCGCCGCGGCCGCCGCCGCUGCCGCAGCCGCCGCCGCCGAGCACCACCCGGCGCUGUACUCCCCGCCGGCGUCGCUGGCAGGGCAGGAGUCGCUGUACCCGGCGGCGGCGUCGCUGGCGCAGCCACACCCGCAGGUCUACCCGCACUACUACCCGCUGCCGGAGUACGCCGGCCUUCGCCCCGAGUACCGCUACCAGCCGUACCCGCCGCCCAGGCCAGACGACCCCGCGCGGCCCGUGCAGUACCCGCACCACUACCCGCCCUACCACUUCUGA